AACAAGCUGGUCCAGAAGAUCCGCAGGCAAAGAGCGACUGAGCGAAGUCAACUUGUGCGUUCCGUAACAAAGAUAAUUCGCUCACUCCUGAUCUGUCUGCGAACCCAAUUGCGCUGUGUGUGUCUCAAAGAAAAUCUUUGCUUUCAACAAUUUUGCGGCAAUUAGGUGUAGGGUCAAUUUACAGAACUCAGAAUAAAACUUCGUUCCCCAUAGUUCGAUUGUCAGAAUAGCAUCGUGCAAAAUGAAAACAAUUCUGCCCUACCUUUUUCUGAUUUCUAUCCCUGCGUUAAUAUCCUCUGAUUACAUAAUAAUGGAAUCACACCAGCACAAGAAAAGGAGCAUUGAGGAACAUGCCAAAAACCCUGAGAGGGAGCUUGAAAUUUAUGGUAUGAAGAUUGAGUCCAAAGUUACUUCUCGAUUUGCUCACAACGUGGUAAUCAGCCGAGUGGUAAAUCGAGCCAAUGAGUCAAAGGAAGCUUUCUUUGAAAUGGAACUGCCUAAAACAGCAUUUAUUACCAAUUUCAGCAUGACUUUAGAUGGAGUGACAUAUAUGGGAGCUGUGAAAGAAAAACAAGUUGCUCAGCAGCAAUACCAACAAGCAGUUUCACGGGGACAAUCUGCAGGGCUUGUAAAAGCAUCCGGAAGAAAAAUGGAGAAAUUCAAAGUGUCAGUAAAUAUUGGACCAACAAAAAAAGUCACCUUUGAACUAACCUAUGAAGAAUUAUUAAAACGUAAUCUGGGGAAAUAUGCAAUGCAAAUCAGAGUAAAACCCAAGCAAUUUGUCAAACAUUUCCAGAUUGAUGUACACAUUUUUGAACCACACGGCAUUGCCUUUCUGAAUGUUGAUGCAAAGUUUCUAACAAAUAAUCUGACUUCAAUUGUGAAAAAGACUCUUACUGAAACAAGGGGCCACGUUUUCUUUAAACCAACUCUUGAGCAACAGCGCAAAUGUCCUGAUUGUCAUGAGACUAUUCUGGAUGGAGACUUCAUCAUUGAGUACGAUGUCAAUAGAGACCUGUCUGCUGGUAGUGUUCAGAUUAUAAAUGGAUAUUUUGUACAUCAUUUUGCCCCUGCUAAUCUGCCCAUAAUGCCUAAAAAUGUCAUAUUUGUGAUUGACCACAGUGGAUCUAUGUCAGGGACUAAAAUGAGUCAGACAAAUGAAGCCCUUCUAAAAAUUUUGGAUGAUAUGGGCACAGAAGAUCAUUUUGCCAUUAUUCCCUUUGAUAGCUCUUCUGAAAUAUGGAAAAAUGCCAUUCAUCAAGCAACUCCAAGCACUAGGACUGAAGCUAAAAUGUUUGUGCAAAAUAUCAGAGCCAGAGGAGGAACAAAUAUAAAUGAUCCAAUGUUGAAAGCUGUAAGUCUUCUAAACAAGGCUCAUCAAGACAAGCUUCUGCCUGAAAGAAGUGUCUCCAUGAUUAUUUUGUUAACGGAUGGUGAUCCAAAUGAAGGUGUAUCAAACCCAACAACAAUCCAGCAGAAUGUUAAAAGUGCCAUCAAUGGCAGGUACAACGUGUAUUGCCUUGGGUUUGGUUUUGAUGUUAAAUACAGUUUUCUAGAGAAAAUGGCACUGGAGAAUAACGGUGUAGCUCGGAGAAUUUAUGAGGAUUCAGAUGCUCCCUUACAGCUCCAGAGGUUAGAAGGCCAGGUGGUGACUUGUUUGAAACAGUUUGAGGCAUCAAACAAAAAAAUCAGGACACCAAAAGCACAUCAUAGUCGUCCAAGAUAUAAAAGCCGUGUUCAUGCUUUCACUUCUGUUGACAGCGAUCCUCAUUUUAUUGCUUCAAUAAAUGACCACAGUGAUGCUAUUUGUUUCAACGUUGAUGGGAAACCAGGGGCAAUUCUAAAUCUGGUCACUGAUCCGUAUAAAGGUUUUGUGGUAAAUGGACAAUUGAUUGGAGUGAAGGAAGUAAAAGAUAACAAGAAAAUGAAAACUUACUUUGGAAAGCUUGGAAUUGCAAACAAUAAAAUGGAUGUAAAAGUUGAAAUAUCAACAGAAAUUAUUGCAAUAAAUCAUGGAGAUGAUGAGAUUACUUUCCCCUGGUCAGAAACAGUAUCUUUAACAAAAGAAAGUUUCUCAAUCUCAAUUGUGAAAGAAAGGAAUCUCACACUAACAAUGGGAGAUGACGCAAAAUUUGUUAUUGUGCUGCAUCAUGUGAGGAAAAACCACACUGUACACAGAGAUUUUCUGGGAUUUUAUACACUUGACAGCCACAACUUGUCAAAUGUGACCCAUGGAUUGCUUGGUCAGUUUUACAAUGAAGUAAAUGCUGUGAUACGUAAUAUUAGCCCUCGCUUACAUCAAGACAAACUUCGUGCAACAAUGAUUGUAAAAGGUCACAAACUUAGAGUAACAAGGGUGUCUGAGAAAGAUUACAGGCUUGAUUCAAACCGAGGCAUCAAUAUCCCAUGCUGGUUUGUUCACUCCAGUGGGAAAGGAUUUAUAGAUGGAAUUGCCACUGACUAUGUUGUUUCUUCUUUAUUUAACUCACUACAUUCAUGAUCUGAGAGCAGAUGAUGAAAGUUUAACCGUUUUGUAUCCCUGGCAUAACUUUAUUAUUUAGUCGCUUGUAUGAUAAAUACAUAUACUUUAACAGUUAUAAAUCUGCAAGCACUUCAAUUAUAUAUUUCUAUGUUUGUAAUUUACUUGUCUGUGUCAAAUGGCCCAAUUUGGUUUGUAUGUGCCAAAAACUGAACCAGGUGUUAUAAGGUGAACUCAAUGUUGAUCCAAUAGAUUGAAUCUUCUAGAUUCUAAAAAUGUUUGGGCCUUGGGAUCCAGUUCUGCCUUCCAGUCCUGUUAAUGGAAGGAGCAGGAUUUCAUGUGCAAUCUCACAGAAGCUGGUCAAUUAAGCACCUUCCUCUGAGAUCACAAUCCAAUUUGAGAAAGCCAGCAGCCUGAAGAGGUGAAAAGGCUAAUCAGUGCCUGCAGUAUAAUGACAGCCAAUAAUCUUUAUUGUUGCAUCAAGAGAAUUAAGGCAGGUGAUGGCCUAAUGGUAUUGUCUCUGGACUGUUAAUCCAAAGACCUAGGUAAUAUUCUUGAGUCCGGGGUUCAAAUCCCACCAUAGCAGA